AUGUCUCAGCUGUGUAGCGAGGUGCAAGCUUGGAUUCACAAGGAUGCCGCAGACAUGCGGAGACUUGCGGAUCCGGCCAUGCCCGCGACCUCUGUGGAAGAGGUUUGGCUCAAAGUUCUGGAGGUCUGGGGCCACUUUGCACGCGAACACCUUCCGUACAUGUUGAGGAUGGGAUUCGACCCGUCGGAGCUGGGGGACUUUUUGAAACAGAGUCAGCGACUCGGCUUUGGGGGACCUGAACUUGUGUGGCUCCAGCGGGACCUCGUGAAAGCCAGAGUGGCUCAGAGCAGGCGCUCAGACUGA